AUGUCUGAUUCUAUGGCGACCAAGGAAGAGGCCACUAAGGUCUUUAAUAAAUUGAGACAACAACCGGCUAAUCAGGUUUGUUUUGAUUGUUCGAAUAAAAACCCAACAUGGACAUCGAUUCCGUUUGGUAUCUUGUUAUGCUUGGAAUGUUCUGCUGCGCAUAGAAACUUGGGGGUGCAUAUUUCAUUUGUGAAGUCAUCGAAUUUGGAUUCAUGGCAAAGAAUCCAAUUAAGACAUUUCAAGUUCGGUGGUAAUCAAGUUGCUAAAGAGUUCUACACUAAAAAUGGAGGUUCCAAAUUCCUUGGUAACAAAGACGGGAUUGAUAUAAAUGCUAAAUACACGGCACCAGUUGCACUCAAAUAUAAAGAAAAAUUGAAGCAAAAGGCUCAACAAGACGAAGCAAAGCAUCCAGACGAGGUCAGUAUUGAUGAUCUCGAAGAAAGUGGAGGGUUGCUUACUGACUCAAGUAACAACGUUUCGACUGAUGAUUUCUUCAGUAACUGGACAAAGCCAAUCAACUCCACUCCUUCGCCGUUAUCUUCGAAGAAUAUCACUCCCAAUGCAUCUAAUGAUGAUCUCAGCGUGAAAAAGCCUGUAACCACGCGUACGACCUCCAGAUUGGUGAACAAUUCAAGUGGUGCAAAUCAACCAAAAAAAUCAAUAUUGUCAUCUAAGGGGAACGGUCCAAGAAGCUCGAGAUUGGCCAAUAAAAGAAUUAAUAAGGAAGCAGAAGAGAUUGAUUUUGAAGAAAUCGAAAGAAAAGCAAAACAAGAAGCUGAAGAGGCCAAGGCAUUAGGCUACAAUCCAACGACUGAAAGCACGUCCGAUACUAGUAAUGCUAAGCCAGCUAAGAGCGAACCAAAAAAACCUGGCUUACCGUUAGGCUCCAGAAAACAAGACACAGAGGGAUCGGAGGAUUUAUCUGCGAAGAACGUUCCAAUCAAAGAAGCUACCCAAAAAUUCCAGAAAUUGGGAUUCGGAAUGACAGCUGGGUCAAACGAGGUGGUGAAUGAAAAGUCUAAAAACUAUAAGCCUGUCAAAUACACUGGUGAGGUCUCCAAUAAAUUUGGAACGCAAAAGGGUAUCUCGUCCGAUGAGUAUUUUGGAAGAGGACCCAGAUUCGAUGAAAAUGCCAAUGCCGAAGCCCGAGACAAGCUUCAGUCGUUCAACGGGGCCCAAUCUAUUUCAUCGUCGUCAUAUUUUGGUGAAGACGAGUCUGCCCAGAACAAUACCCAAGGUGCCGGUUUAACGGACAUAGAGUCGAGUGCCAGAGAAUUUGCCUCUAGAUUUUCCGGAAAUGCCAACCAAGAUUUGGAUGUGUUGAAAGACGCUUUCGAAGAAGGUGCCAAUAAGUUGGGCUCAUACUUAAGAGAUUUCUUGAGAUAA